GAGGAUGAUAAAUCUAGGAAAGAUGACUCUGAAAGAGACAAAGAAAAGGAUAAAAACAAAGAUAGAACCUCUGAAAAACCCAAGAUCAGAAUGUUAUCAAAAGAUUGCAGCCAAGAAUAUACGGAUUCUACUGGCAUAGACUUACACGAGUUUUUGAUUAACACAUUAAAGAAUAAUUCCAGGGACAGGAUGAUACUCUUGAAAAUGGAGCAGGAAAUUAUUGAUUUUAUUAGUGACAACAAUAAUCAUUACAAAAAGUUCCCUCAGAUGUCAUCCUACCAGAGAAUGCUUGUUCAUCGAGUAGCUGCUUACUUUGGUUUGGAUCAUAAUGUGGAUCAAACAGGGAAAUCUGUUAUCAUCAACAAGACCAGCAGCACAAGAAUACCAGAGCAAAGGUUUUGUGAACAUUUAAAAGAUGAAAAAGGUGAAGAAUCCCAGAAGCGGUUUAUCUUGAAGCGAAAUAACUCUAGUAUUGAUAAAGAAGACAAUCAGCAAAACAGAAUGCAUCCAUUUAGAGAUGACAGACGAAGUAAAUCAAUUGAAGAGAGAGAAGAGGAAUAUCAGAGAGUGAGGGAGAGAAUAUUUGCACACGAUUCAGUUUGCUCCCAGGAAAGCCUUUUUGUGGAAAACAGGCUCUUGGAAGACAGUAACAUAUGCAAUGAGACCUAUAAGAAAAGACUGCUCUUUCGGGGCAACAGAGAUGGCUCAGGGAGAACAUCUGGGAGUCGACAGAGCAGCUCAGAGAACGAACUCAAGUGGUCUGACCACCAGCGGGCCUGGAGCAGCACGGACUCCGACAGCUCCCACCGCAAUCUCAAGCCCACCAUGACCAAGACGGCAAGUUUUGGGGGCAUCACGGUGCUGACCCGGGGUGACAGCACCUCCAGUACGAGGAGCACUGGGAAGCUAUCCAAAGCAGGUUCUGAGUCUUCCAGUAGUGCGGGAUCCUCAGGAUCGCUGUCCCGCACCCAUCCACCUCUCCAGAGUGCACCCCUGGUCUCCAGCGUGGCAGCCACUUCCAGCUGUGUGCCCUAUCCAGAGAAUGGAAUGGGGGGACAGGUCGCACCCAGCAGCACCAGCUACAUCCUCCUUCCACUUGAAGCUGCAACAGGCAUCCCCCCUGGAAGCAUCCUUCUUAAUCCACACACAGGCCAGCCCUUUGUGAAUCCCGAUGGAAGCCCCGCAAUAUACAACCCCCCCACCAGCCAGCAGCCCCUGCGAAGUGCAAUGGUGGGGCAGUCCCAGCAGCAGCCACAGCAGCAACCCUCUCCUCAACCACAACAGCAGGUCCAGCCACCACAGCCACAGAUGGCCAGCCCAUUGGUCACUCAGUCUGUGCAGGGGCUGCAGGCGUCCUCCCAGUCAGUGCAAUAUCCCGCCGUCUCUUUUCCUUCCCAGCAUCUCCUGCCUGUGUCUCCACCACAGCCGUUCUCCAUGAGAGAUGAUGUGGCCACACAGUUCAGCCAGAUGACCCUGAGCCGGCAAUCCUCAAGAGAGACUCCUGAGCCCCCAUCUGGUCCUGUCUACCCAUCGUCCCUCCUGCCGCAACCAGCCCAACAGCCCAGCUAUGUCAUCGCUUCUACAGGCCAGCAGCUUCCUACAGGAGGGUUCUCAGGCUCUGGGCCUCCCAUGUCCCAGCAAGUCCUCCAGUCCCCACCCUCACCACAGGGAUUUGUGCAACAGCCUCUACCUGCACAGAUGCCCAUAUACUAUUACCCAUCUGGUCAAUACCCUACCUCAACCACACAGCAGUACCGGCCCAUCACCUCCGUUCAGUACAGCGCUCAGAGGGCCCAGCAGAUGCCACAGGCAGCCCAGCAAGCAGGUUACCAGCCGGUGUUGUCUGGUCAACAGGGGUUCCAAGGCCUCAUGGGGGUGCAGCAGCCACCUCAGAGUCAGAGCAUGAUGAGCAGCCAGCAGGGAACUCCGGUGCAGAGUGUGAUGGUCUCCUACCCAACAAUGUCCUCUUAUCAGGUGCCAAUGACCCAAGGUUCUCAGGGACUGCCCCAGCAGCAGUCCUACCAACAGCCAAUCAUGCUGCCUACCCAGGCGGGUCAAGGAUCACUCCCAGCCACUGGAAUACCUGUUUACUGCAAUGUCACCCCGCCGGCCCCACAGAACAACGUUAGGCUGAUUGGGCCACACUGCCCUUCCAGCACUGUCCCCGUGAUGUCAGCUAGCUGCAGGACAAACUGUGCAAGUAUGAGCAACGCUGGGUGGCAGGUCAAAUUCUGAGCCCAGGCCGAGUGCAGUUCUUCAGCUGUUACGCAUGGCCUUGAGGGGAUAAAGGGAAGAGGAGCAAGGUGGGAAGACUGGCUGAGGACUUAAGCAUUCACUCAUUGCUCAAACGUAUGCUGCUGGUGUUCUGUACAAAGCAAAGACUAAUAUGCGUUAGCUGGUUAAUGGUGCAUAUCUGUCAUGUCUGCUAGGUAUGCCUUUAUAGCUUAGCUAGUGACAUGAAUUCAUCAAGGUAAGAUUUUCUCCUACCACUGAAUACCACUGUGUAGACUAUAAUAUCCCUUAUUUGGAUUAUUUCAAUUAUUAGUUUUGUACUUUGUGUUGAGUUUGUGAUGCUAAAAGUAUUUAAAAAUUAUAUACUGAAAUCACCUGUACCAAAGCUGUAAUGGAAAAGAAGAGCAUUGAUGAAUGGAAGGAAUAAUUUAUAUACACUAUAGAGUUUUCUUUUUUAAUGGAUAUAUACGGUAUUGUAGUGUUUAAUCACAAUAAAAUUAUUUGACCUUAUGGAGGAAGGUCAUU